AUGACGGCGGCCCCAAGUAAUACCGAGGGAUACAGAGGAGGCCCCCCUGAUUCACCUGACCGCAACCUCGUCGACGACCACAGUCACAACCACGGGCACAAUGAUGGACAACAUGUAACCGGGACAGAGUUACAUCCUCAUCCUCACCACCAGGCACAACCACAACGCCGCUUCUCUCGUGCCUCUUCACGUCGUGCCUCAGUUGUAUCUCCCGUCAACUACAAUGUUCCAGACGACUAUGCAAACCUCGAAGCAUCCAAUAUAUCGCCUGUCCAGAAUCCAGACGAAGAGCCCAUCACACGCCAUGAGACUCUAGAACAAGUUAGGAGUCGUGAUAGGGAUUAUAUCCGGGAGCAAAAGCAACAAAGACGGGAAUCACAACUUCGGCAUGUUGACCACCAACAACAACCACAAGCGGCCGAGUCAUCAGAAGACUACGACAGGGAAAAGGGUCAGCAACAAACUGGCAUCGCCAAAAGCCACAAAGUCUCCCGCCUCGCCACAGAACUCUACACCGUCUCCUAUCUCAUCCUCUUCUCCCUCCUCGGCACCCUCGCCAGACUAGGCCUCCAAGCCCUCACCUCCAAUUACCCUCAAUCACCCAUCAUUUUCCCAUCAAUAUGGCCCAACUUUGCCGGCUGCGUGGUCAUGGGUUUUCUAGCCGAGGACCGCAUGCUCUUCAGGUCAGACUGGGGCCAAGACCCAGCUCCCAGUAAGAAAAGCGAUGACCAAGAAACCGGCAGUGUCCCGGUCGAACCCAAAAUCGAUCCAGCAACAACCAAAAAGGCCCACCUGGCUCUUAAAAAGACCAUCCCGCUCUACAUUGGUCUCGCCACCGGUUUCUGCGGCUCCUUCACUUCUUUUUCGUCUUUCAUCCGAGACAUCUUUUUAGCUUUAUCCAACGACCUUUCUGCCUCCUCCUCGCCCGAUACCCCUACCAUGCACUCUCGAAACGGCGGCUACUCCUUCAUGGCAAUAUUAUCCGUCCUCAUCACCACAAUCUCCCUCUCCCUCUCCGGCUUAUCUUUGGGGGCCCACCUCGCCAUCGCCAUCGCUCCCCUUUUCCUAAGGUUUAAUCUGACCCUGCCCUACGGCUUCACGAGCAAAGUCCUCGACCGCCUCGCUGUCUUGCUUGGGUUCGGAUGUUGGUUGGGAUCCGUUUUCUUGAGCAUCUGGCCGCCUGACAGAUACUCCCUCUCCAUCCUCAACGACUCUGUCAAUGAGAAGUGGCGCGGCACAGCAACUUUCGCCCUCGUCUUCGCUCCCCUGGGGUGUCUCCUGCGCUUUUACACGUCAGCGCAUCUCAACGGGCGACUACCUAAUUUUCCCUUGGGCACGUUUGUGGUGAAUAUGUUGGGCACGGCGGUGCUGGGUAUGGCGUGGGACUUGGAGCAUGUGUCACUUCCUGGCGGAGGGGUGGUGGGGUGUCAGGUGCUGCAGGGGGUGGCGGAUGGGUUUUGCGGAUGUUUGACGACGGUGAGCACGUGGGCGGUCGAGUUGGCCGCGUUGAGGAGGAGGAAUGCGUAUGUUUAUGGCGGGGCGAGGUGUGGGUGGGGGGUUGGCGUUGUUGGUGGUGAUAAUGGGGAGUUUGAGGUGGACGAAGGGGUUUGGGGAGGUCAAGUGUGUUCAUUGAUGACAAGGAGUUAUGUGGUGGUACCAGGUAAAUAA